CCGGUAUGCGACUGAACGAAACGGAUAUAGAAAAUAAUUCACUGUGUUAAAAAAACGGAAUAUGCAUACGUUUGUGUUUGUAAAUUAAACUGAUUAAAUGUGUUCAUGUGUUCUGUAAAUAAAAGAAUAUAAAAAAGGAUAAAAGAAUAAUAAAAAAAAAAAAAAAAAAAAAAUAAGUAGAAUAAGUAGGUGAGGGAAAGAACAAAAGUUUUAAUCGAUUUUAACAAUACUUAUCUAACAUUGAAUUACUACAAAAGUGUUGUUUCUUCAUGUUCAUUUAUUCAUUCAAUCAGUCAGUCGGAGGAGUAAGAUGUUCUUCUUUAGAUACAUGAAUUCGGAUUCUUAAAUUAAUUGAUUCAGAAGUAAAGACAACAUUACAACAUACACUCAUACCUUAUUGAUUAAUAGAAGACAGUGAUGAAUUGAACGAGAAAAAAAACGAGUUUAACUAUUUAACAUCUUUAUGAUCGUUCUUCAUUAAACUAUACUUUUAAAGUCAAAAAGUAAACAUCCAUUUUCAACGGAAGUAAUUGCAAUGUAAAUGAUUAUGUGUCACACUGGAACAUGCAGACGAUUUAAGCAUGCAACAAAGGAUUGUUUAACAAUUUAAAUCAGUGAAACGUUACAGAUAUGGUGGACAGACAUAGGAUAUCAAACCAUGCUAAGAAUAUUGUGGAAACAGAAGGAUCAGAAUUCACUGAUCAUAACCGUGUAAAUGGAAUAAGAUGUUGAUCAUCGUAUCAUUGACACUGGCAGCUGGUUUAACUUCUUUCAUGUUAACAGGUGCAAAUAUCGCUAUACAAAGAAAAGACAAUGGGGCUGAUGAAACAUGUGAGUGUGGAAAAAACAUAACACUGUCGUGCAUUUUUAAGAAGAACACAUUUGCCAUUGAGUGGAUGAAGGCAAACGAUAUUAAACCGAUAGCAAAAUGUAUACAAGAAGAUUGCAUAUUAAAUCCAGAUUAUGUUGAACAGUACAGUAUUUCGUUUGACAUGGCACAGGGCUAUUUUGACUUGACAGUACUAAAGGUAACCAUGGAGCUCAACGGACAAAUGUUGGUUUGUUCGGAUGGGUCCAACACUGUUUCUUAUAACAUGAAUGUCAGAGACUACGAGCCUUACCUGACUGAUGAUAGUAAUACUAGGAGCAUUAAAGCUGCGUCUGGUUGCAUUUCACAAGACACACACGUUUCCUUCAAAUGGAUAAAGAUCAACGUAUGUUUCUUUACAGAAUUAUAAACAUAUUUAGGUGAAAAUACAUGAACAAUAAUUAAAAAAAGUGUUGAUAAAUCAAAAGCUAUAAAAACAAAACAGAUUGCAUUCUACUUAAAAUAGAAACAAAGUCAGUAUUAGCGCAAACAUCAUGACAUUUACAGAAGAAAAAUCACAUGAGUUUAACACAAUCUUUUAAGCAAUAUAGUAAACAGGAGUCCUCGUUUGUGCUGAAAUAUCUAUAUCAUUGUAAGAAAGAUGUACAUCAUGUAUUAUCACAAACAUAAGUGCGAUGGCACUUCAUUUGAAUUUUUUUUAAUUCGUAUUACACACUGAACUUCAAAAUGAUAAGACAUCAAAUGAAACUAUAAUGUCAUUUCAAAGUUUAUAUUGGUUCACUUAUUGUAAAUCUAUAAAUGCGAACAUUUGAUUGGAUAGUCAGUAGAGCGGGUGUGGGUAUUACCGAACAUGCGUGCAUUGCCGAACAUAAGUUUCUUUUCACCCUAACCCUCCUAGUAUUCCUCUAAUAAGGCAGUGACAUCAUAAACAUGAUGUCAUUUCCUUUCCCGACAUAUCUUUUACUUUUCCACCGUGACCCAGCAAAGAUUUUCAAGACUUAAAUACCACGACGCUUGACAAUUGGUACUUUAUUACAAAUAUUCUAAUUUUAGAUACCUGACGUCAUAAGGUUAAAUGGUCAUGUGAUUUCGAUUAAUCACACGUUUCAUGUUAUUUGUUAAACUAAUUAAUGUUCUGUGAUGUGCAAAAUAACUUCAGAUGUCACUUAGAUAUUUAUUUACUGAGUUAUUUGCAUGUUCAAAUUCAAAGUUAUGUAUUACCGAACAUAGUGCUGUGUAGGAGCACAUUUGUCUCGGAGAACAUUUGUCUCGAAGUGUCAGUGUCCUGUUCUGCAUGUCACAAUGAAAAUUUCUACCACUGCAGUACCCAGAACCCUAACACAUAUGCAGCGAGUCCAUUCUUAUCGUUAUUAAUUGUGACACGUAUCUUUCCGAUGCUUAAAGUUUUAUAAAUGAUUUAAGAAAUAUUCUAAGUAACAACAAGGUAACAUAUGGUAUAAA